AUGCAUGCUGGAGAGAAAUCUGAUGAGGCUAGUAUAACUGGGAAAUUGUGGAGACAUUGUGAGCAUCUUAAUCAGCAUUCCAAGAUUCAUGCUCAGCAGCAGGCUUCUGAAUAUAGUGGACAAUGGAAAUCCUUCAACACAGAGCCAAUAUUAUUGGAACAGAAGAAAGUGUACAUGGGAGAGACAUCCUGUAUAUUUGAUUAUGGGAAAGUCUUUCAUAAGUCAGCUGUUCUUACCCAUGAGAUAAUACCAGUAUCAGAGAAAGCUUUUCAGUUUGACAUAUGUUGGAGAAUGUUCUGUGAAAAUUAUGAACCCAAUGAACAGCAGAAAAUACACACAAAAGAGAAACCCUAUAAAUAUACUGAAUGUGAUAAAUCAUUCAUGAAGAAAUUACCCCUUACAAUCCGUAAGAGAACACAAACAGGGGAGAAGCUAUAUUUGUGUAAUGAAUGUGGGAAAACCUUUCAUAAGUCCUCAAACCUCAGCAAGCAUGAGAGAAUUCACACAGGUGAGAGACCAUAUGAAUGUAGUGAAUGUGGAAAAACCUUUCAUGAGAAGUCAAAUCUCAGCAAGCAUCAGAGAAUUCACACAGGUGAGAAACCAUAUGAAUGUAAAGAAUGUGGAAAAACUUUCUACCGUAAAUCAUGCCUCAGUGCACAUCAGAGAUCCCACACAGGUGAGAAACCAUAUGAAUGUAAAAAAUGUAAGAAAGCUUUCAACCAUAAGUCAAACCUCAGGGUACAUCACAGAUCUCACACAGGUGAGAAACCAUAUGAAUGUAAAGAAUGUAGAAAAACUUUCUACUGUAAAUCACACCUCAGUGUACAUCAGAGAACUCACACAGGUGAGAAACCAUAUGAAUGUAAAGAAUGUGGAAAAACUUUCUACCGUAAAUCGUGCCUCAGUGUACAUCAGAGACUUCACACAGGUGAGAAACCAUAUGAAUGUAGCGAAUGUGGAAAAACCUUUCACAGGAAGUCACACCUCAGCAGGCAUCAGAGAAUUCACACAGGUGAGAAACGAUAUGAAUGUAGUGAAUGUGGAAAUACCUUUCACAGGAAGUCACACCUCAGCAGGCAUCAGAGAAUUCACAGAAGUGAGAAACUAUAUGAAUGUAGUGAAUGUGGAAAAACCUUUCAUUGGAAGUCUAACCUCAGCAGGCAUCAGAGAAUUCACACAGGUGAGAAGCCAUAUGAAUGUAGUGAAUGUGGAAAAACCUUUCACAGGAAGUCACACCUCAGCAGGCAUCAGAGAAUUCACACAGGUGAGAAGCCAUAUGAAUGUAGUGAAUGUGGAAAAACCUUUCAUGAGAAGUCAAAUCUCAGCAAGCAUCAGAGAAUUCACACAGGUGAGAAACCAUAUGAAUGUAAAGAAUGUAGAAAAACUUACUAUAGUAAAUCAUGCCUCAGUGUACAUCAGGGAACCUCACACAGGAGGAAACCAUAUGAAUGUAGUCAAUGUGGGAAAACCUUUCACAGGAAGUCAAACCUCACCAGACAUCAGAGAAUUCACACAGGUAAGAAACCAUAUGAAUGA